GAGCCCAGCGGGCGAGGCCCCGGGCGCCCCGCAGCCGCCGCCGCGCCAUGCUCCACCUCAGCGAGUUUUCCGGCUCCGAAGCGCUCCUGGUCAAGUCCACCGAGGGCUAUUGCGCCGAAUCCAGCGCUGAACUGCCCCGGCUACCCUCCAGGGACGCUCCCGCGGCCGCCAGCUAUCCCGGAGCAGGCGACUUCUUGAGCUGGGCUUUGAGCAACUGCGGCACCGGCACCGGCACCGGGGGGGACUUAGCCGACUCCUGCUUCCUGGAGGGGCCUGCGCCCACGCCCCCUCCCGGCCUCAGCUACAGCGGUAGCUUCUUCAUUCAGGCAGUACCUGAGCACCCGCACGACCCGGAGGCACUCUUCAACCUCAUGUCGGGCAUUUUAGGCCUGGCACCCUUCCCCAGCCCGGAGGCGGCAGCAUCCCGUUCCCCGCUGGACGCCCCUUUCCCCUCAGGUUCUGACGCCUUGCUGCCGGGGCCUCCGGACCUUUACUCUCCGGAUCUGGGGGCUGCCGCCUUCCCAGAGGCGUUCUGGGAGACCUCGCCAUCCGUGGGCGCCCCCUCACAGUGCCUGUAUGAGCCUCAGCUCUCCCCGCCCGACGUCAAGCCGGGCCUCCGGGCGCCUCCGGUCUCUCCAGCGCUGGACGCUGCCUCGGCUUUCAAGGGCCCCUACGCGCCCUGGGAGCUGCUUUCCGUUGGGACUCCCGGGAACUGUGGGUCCCAAGGAGGCUACCAGACCGCCCCCGAGGCUCGUUUUCCCUCAGUAGGGACCAAGAUCGAGGACCUGCUCUCCAUCAGCUGCCCGGCGGAGCUGCCAACCACCAGACUCUACCCCACUGGGGCCUACGAUGCUUUCCCCCUGGCCCCAGGCGACUUAGGAGAGGGGGCCGAGGGCCUUCCGGGGCUUCUGACCCCUCCUAGUGGGGAGGGUGGGAGUAGCGGCGACGGCGGAGAGUUUCUGGCCAGUACGCAGUCACAGCUUUCCCCGCUAGGCCUUCACAGCGCCACCGCGGCGGACUUUCCCAAACCUCUGGUGGCGGACAUCCCUGGAAACAGUGGCGUGGCUGCGCCACCAGUGCCGCCGCCACCUGCCCCUUUCCCACCAGCCAAGGUGCGGCGCAAAGGGCGCCGGGGCGGCAAGUGCAGCGCGCGCUGCUUCUGCCCGAGGCCGCACGCCAAGGCCUUCGCUUGCCCAGUGGAGAGCUGUGUGCGCAGCUUUGCGCGCUCCGACGAGCUCAACCGCCACCUGCGCAUCCACACCGGCCACAAGCCCUUUCAGUGCCGCAUCUGCCUCCGCAACUUCAGCCGCAGCGACCACCUCACCACGCACGUGCGCACCCACACUGGAGAGAAGCCCUUUGCGUGCGACGUGUGCGGUCGCCGCUUUGCACGCAGCGACGAAAAAAAACGGCACAGCAAGGUGCACCUCAAGCAGAAGGCGCGUGCGGAGGAGAGGCUCAAGGGCCUCGGCUUUUACUCGCUGGGCCUCUCUUUCUCCGCCCUGUAAGCAAGAGAUGGGUUUGUUGGCUGGGGCGCCGCCGCUCGGCGCGCACAAGUUACUGCCGGUUCCCCUUUCCUCUCUCUUCCCACCUUUUCGUCGCACGCCCCAGCCUUCUGUUCCCUUGAAGCGCCCGCCGCACCCGCUCCGUUCAGCACCAGCUCCAUGGACAGCUCUCGCGGUCCGGGCGCUGUCUCCCUUGUAAACCCCGCUUUGGAGGAAGUCCUCUCAGUUUACCCACUGAGUAGACACUUCCUUGGGAUUCAAGACAGUCUUUUGUAACUGGCGCACGCCCCACGCCUUCCUCUAUACUCCCCAGGGACAGGCUGGGGGAGCGCCGGGGCGGUCUCGCGCCGACUUUGUACAGCAAUGUCGUUUCCAGCAGCCAUUGGAUGUAACGUUUUGCUUUGGGGUUAUUUCCUUUUUGUUGUUGUUAAUUUUUGUAAAGCAGACGCUACACUGAAGCAGUUGACAAAACUGUUUAUUUUUGCAAUUAAAAU